GCCGGCGCGGGGCGCCGGAUCCGGCGCCGCGGACGGAGGGUGCCCGCCGUCGACGAGGCGAGUGCGGAUGCGGAUCGGGAACAACCAAACUACAUGAUGAUCCUGGAGUAUUUAGCAUGCCGGUACAUGAUGUUUCCUUAACUUAUUUUUUUUCCCAGGAUGGGGGACUAGCUUCUAUUAGAAACAGCAUGUAACAGAUAACAAAACAGAGGGACUUUUAAGUAUCUAAAGAUGGAUUGGGAAAAAUCACGGAGAUUCAUGUAAAAGCUUGUAACCUGUCCUUUAUUCUUGGUUUGUUAUAUACCUGAUUCCGUUCCCAAUUUUCAUGUUCUCUGAGAACUAGAGGGCCACAUGUUUCUGCCAUGCACUAUGCAGCUUAGUAAGAUCCCAUGAUCCCAACAUAUCAUUUAUUGUUCAUUUUUUUCUGAUUUGUGAUGCAUUGUUGUUACACAGCAGAAGUAAAACUUUGAAUCUGGUUUAUACAAAGCACAUUAUGUUAUUUAUGUUCCUUAGGAGCAAAUUCAAUAUUGCUGGCCUCUUAUUUUAUUUGAAGACAGUAAUGAUUUUUAGUUGAAGGCACAUAAGAUUUGUCCUUUUAUUUUGUUUCCUCACACCAUCAUUCUGAAUUUUAUUUCCCUUGGAAUUGUCGCAAUCUUGAUUGCCACUGGAAUGUCACAAAUUUUUUUUUUGGUAUGUUUUGCUUCCACCUCCCCCCCUUUUUUUUUUGCUAUUUCACAAACCAUGUAUACCAGAUGUAACAAGAUUCUUCUUACAUUUCAGCCACGGAGUUCAGGUGGCUUUGGAGCACAUGUUGCCACUUCAGUGAUGGAGCAUGAUAAAUUACAUGAAGAAAGAUGCCCUUCAAGGCAGCCUCUUUCUCCUGCGAGUUACACUACCUCAGUUGGGGCAACAACGGUGAACCUUGUCAGCCCAACUCGGUCAUUGGAUUGCAAUGCUAGAUUUAGGCAGGCAGGUAAUGAUCUUAAAACGUCAACAGAGCUAUUGAAAGUUCUCAAUCGAAUUUGGAGCUUGGAAGAGCAGCAUGCAGCUGAUGUGUCAGCAAUGAAGGGAUUGAAACGAGAAUUGCAUCAUGCCCAGGUAUGCAUUCAAGAGCUUAUGCAAGAGAGGCAGAGGUAUCACCACGAAAUUGAUUCUCUAGCAAGGCAAGUCACUGAAGACAAAAUGGCUCGGAAGAACAAGGACCAAGAGAAGAUCAAAGCAGCCCUUCGUUCAGUGCAAGAGGAUCUUGAAGACGAGAGACGUCUAAGGAAGCAUUCUGAGACUCUCCACAGAAAGCUAGGCAAAGAGCUCUCUGAGAUGAAAUCAGCAUUUUGCAAGGCUGUGAAGGCUCUGGAGAAAGAGAAGAAGACAACCUGCCUGUUGGAAGAUCUUUGUGAUGAGUUUGCAAAAGGAAUUAGAAGCUACGAGGAGGAAGUCAGGAUGUUGAAGCAAAAGCAUGUAAAGGAGUAUGAGCACAAGUUCGAUAAGUCAGUAGUUCAUAUUUCAGAAGCAUGGCUUGAUGAGCGUAUGCAGAUGCAAAAGACUGAUACGCGGGAAGAUUUGUCAGGAAAAUCCUCAAUCACAGAGCGGCUGAGCAGUGAGAUUGAGAGAUUUCUUCAUCAUGCUAAAAGGUUCAGUAACUCCAAGAAUGAUAACUUAAACAUUGUUAAUGAAAAGCGAGAUGCAAGUUUUUGCCGGCAAUCCCUUGAAUCUGUGCACCUUAAUGGAGCCACUAGCGCCCCUCGGCUAGCCGAAGAUGAUGAUGGCAGUUCUAUUGCCAGUGAUCUGCACUGCUUUGAACUGAACAUGCAUGGAAGUGCCAUUAAAAGCCAUGAUCUUGCAGGCACUCGAAGGAGGGUCAUAAGCUCCAUGCAUUCACCAAUGAGAAGAUUGGAAUAUUCCAAUGGUGUAUCUGUUGAAGGCUCACCAAUGUCAAAUGCACCAACUUGCUCAAAGAAAGACAAGGCAAGGUCUAGCAUUGGCCGACAGCAAUUUAUUGCUUCGACACCAGAAAUUAGCUCACGCAAUGAUGCUGGCCUUGCCUCCACAGACGAGCAGAAUGAAACUGUUAUGACCCAAGUAUCUCGCCGAUUACGUGAUGACCUGUUGAAAAUCAAAUCAGAGGCUCCUCAACAUGCAUAUCUAGGGCACAAAUCAAACCAGCCCCGGACAAAUCAGUUUCAAGAAUAUACUGCCUCACGGGAUCUUUGCGAUGUGCGCAGUCCAGCACGGCAUCUGAAUAACCCAGCCAAAUCCUUGGAAUGCGAGAUAACUGAAUCCCCAGCGCAUCAGCUGGUAGGCACAAAGGAGAACACUCUCAAAGCUAAGCUACUUCAAGCAAGGUUGGAGGGGCAGCAUGCUCGAAUGAGCGCAUGGGUAUUCCCCUUAAUCAGCACGAGGAGGAAAUGAGAACCCAGCUGACACUCUUGGGCUUCCAUGAAUUGGGUCUGCAACACAUAUAGUUGCAAUUGUAAGACAUCUGACUUAAUAGCUGAAUAUUCACUGGAAGUUGCAGGAAAUGCGAAUCCUAGAUGUAGCUGCAUAUUGAGCGGAGUUUCAUUGUAGAUUCAUCUCCUAACCGUCGGUCUAGAGUGAAUUGAGAUGGGACUUGGUAAUCACAUUAGUGUAACUUUUGUAUAGUAAUAAGCUUUAGUUAUUACUUGCUUAACCAUGGCAAA